AUGGCAGACGCAGUAUCCACCCUGCUGUCCUUCCCGCCUGAUGACACUUCCUCCCUAUCAACGAAGAAGUACGACGACCUCGCCAACAAAUUCCUAAAGAGUCUCGAGAAGCAACCGAACGCCACAUGGACGAGACAGAUCGAAAAGAAGAACAUCCUCGAACUGCUCGACCCCGCCACAAACACAAUCCCCUACCUCUACGCCCUCAACGCCCAAGUCAACCUCGCACCCAAAGCAUCCACCACCCUCGACUCACACCUCCCACUCGCAGCGACCUUCCUCACCACCUUCGACCCCAUCCAGGCUCGCUACGUCGGUGAGGAAUUCCGCGUCCUCAUCGCCUGGGUCCUCGAAUGCGUCCCCGCAGCAGGGGUCGACUACCUCACAGCCGCAACCACCGGCCUCCUCCGCCUCGACCCCACCGCCGGCACCUUCACCUCCAUGCACCUCCUCAUCCUGCGUACCUGCCUCGACCAAGCCGUCCCCUCCCACGCCCUCCCCAUCCUCAACAAAGACAUCUACGCCUUCCCCUCCGAACCCACCAAGAACGUGCCGGAAGACUAUCCCGGCGAAGACACCGACCUAAGCAACACCUUCAUCACCACCAAAUCCGGCUUCAGCCAUAAGCUAAAACCGGAAUACAUACUCGAAUACUACCUCCUAGGCGCCCGAAUCUACCUAGGCCAACGCAACUACCCCCGCGCCCGCCUCUUCCUCGAAUACAUCAUCCUCACCCCUUCCUCCCAACACGCAGCCAGCGCCAUGCAAUCGGAAGCCUACGCCCAAUGGAUCCUUGUCGGCCUCCUUGACCAAGGGAAAAGAUACCCCCUCCCCCGAACCCACGACGGGGCAGUAAUGAAGAGUAUCCGUUCGGUCGCCAGACCCUACGAAGCGCUCGCCGAUUGUUUCGAGCAACGGGACUGGCGGAAAUUACAGGCGGAGAUGGAGGCGGGGAUGCAGACGUGGCAUAAUGAUGGGAAUUUGCGGGCGGUGCGUGAGGUGAGGGAGGCAUUGUUGAGGUUCCGCGUGCAGGAUUUGCAGAAGAGGUAUGCAGCGUUGAGUAUUGAGAGGGUGGGGUUGUACCUUGGUUUCUCCUCCGAGCAGACAUUGCAGAUGGUUGGGGAAAUGAUCCGACAGAAACAACUCCAUGCCUCCAUCACCCCCUCCCCAAACGACACAGCUGCGAACGCCGUCCUCCGCUUCCAUUUCGACAUCACUCCCGCAGUCCAAGACGACGAGCUCGAACAGCAGACCAAGCGGAUAGAGAGCCUUAUCACCUCCGUCCGCGACGCGGAUCGAAGACUACAAUUGACGAAGGAGUACGUGGAAUUCCAGAAACGACAGAAGCGAGCCGGGCCAGAUGCGGCGGAUCUGGCGGACCAGAUGGAUCUGAGCUAUGAGGCGCCUAUGGUAGCAGGGAGGGGGAUGGACGGGGAAGGGGAUUUCAUGGAGGAGCUGGAGGACGGGGAUGAGGAUAUUAUGGCUGGGUGA